AUGGCCCCGCGGGGCACGCGGGCCGAGCGCGGGUCUGCGGGGAGAGGACACCAGCGCCGCCGCUGCUCGGGGCUGCGACUGGCCGCCCCCGGCUGGGUUCGCGGGAGGGGCGGAGGGAGGCGCGGGCGGCCCGGGACUGGGCGCCGCGCGGGGGCGGGGCCGCGGGGCGGAGCCCGGGAGCGCAGGCCGCGAAGGGGAGCGGCGGAGGCGUGGAUCCGGGAGCGCGGGCGCCGAGGUCCGCGGGGGCGCGGCCGCAGGGAGAGCUCCGGGUCCCCCAGCCCCCCUACCCGAGCCCGGGGCUGCAGCGUGCGGCCGGAGCCGGGGGCGGUCGCCCCACCGGAAGAAGGCCUCGACCCCAAGCGGACUUUACUCUGGAGACCAGUAAUGCGGGACCCACGGGAGAACCACGCGGAGAAGUCCCAGGAGGCACUAGACAGCUGACCCCUGGCUCCCCGGCUCAAGUGCACCUGGGCCACCUGGCAUGCACGGGGGUGGGCCCAGGCCCGAC